GUUAGCGCACAGGCAGGCAGGCUCGGGCAGUUGGAGUGCUUCCGGCUCCAGUGCGUGGCUGCUGUGGGUGUAAACAGGCUUUGGAGCCUGGAUUCCAUUCGGCGGCGGGCAGCAGCAGGGGCUCGGAGCUGCAGCUCAGGCACGGGUAGGUAAUUUCAUGCUCCCAAAAUGGGACAUAAAGUCGUCGUGUUUGACAUUUCUGUCGUCAGAGCCUUAUGGGAAACUCGUGUCAAGAAGCACAAAGCUUGGCAGAAGAAGGAGGCAGAAAGGCUUGAGAAAAGUGCAUUGGAAAAGAUAAAGGAAGAGUGGAACUUCGUGGCUGAGUGCAGAAGGAAAGGCAUCCCUCAGGCUGUGUACUGCAAGAAUGGCUUUGUAGACACCAGUGUGAGACUUCUGGACAAGAUUGAAAGGAAUUCUCUUGCAAGGCAGAGUUCACUUUCCAAGGAGGGACACAAAUGGAGCAGUGAGUUUGUGUUUGAACUUUUCGGGGAGCACUGGAAGGAGUUCCCAGAUUCCUUGAAGGAGCAGACGCACCUGAAAGAAUGGCACAUAAGCAAUACCCUGAUUCAAAUCAUUCCUACGUAUAUCGAGCUGUUUCAAGCCAUGAGAAUUCUGGAUCUGCCAAAAAACCAAAUCUCCCGUCUUCCAGCUGAAAUUGGUCGUUUGAAGAACCUGAAGGAACUCAAUGUGAGUUUCAACUAUCUGAAGAGCAUUCCCCCAGAACUGGGAGAUUGUGAAAAUCUAGAGAAACUGGAUUGUUCUGGAAAUCUAGAAUUAACCGAGCUCCCUUUUGAAUUAAGUAAUUUGAAGCAAGCUUCAUUCGUAGAUAUCUCAGCAAACAAGUUUUCCAGUGUCCCAAUCUGUGUCCUGCGGAUGUCUAAUUUGCAGUGGUUGGAUAUCAGCAACAAUAACCUCAAUGACCUGCCACAAGACAUAGACAGGCUAGAAGAACUGCAGACCUUUCUCCUGUAUAAGAAUAAGCUGACCUAUCUUCCUUAUGCCUUGCUUAACCUAAAGAAGCUCACCCUGUUAGUCGUCAGCGGAGACCACUUGGUGGAGCUCCCAACCGCCCUCUGUGACUCAUCUACACCCUUAAAAUUUAUAAGCCUUAUGGACAAUCCUAUUGAGAAUACCCAGUGUCAAGAUGGUGAUGAAUUGGUAGAAAGUGAACGAGAUCGCCAACAUUUUGAUAAAGAAUUUAUGAAAGCCUAUAUUGAAGAUCUUAAAGAAAGAGAAUCUGUUCCCAGCUAUACCACCAAAGUGUCUUUCAGCCUUCAGCUUUGAAGCCCUCUAUCGGAAGACUGUGGAAUCUUCCUAACCUGUGGAGUUAUAAAUCUUUGGGUUGUGGGUCAUGUCAGAGAGGAAUAAUGAAUGGUUUGGGCUUAAAGACAAAGUCUAGAAACCAGGGUCAUAGUUAGGAAAAGUGAUUUUCAAAUUUUAAAUAUGUGAAUACCUCUCUCUGUGGACUGGAGAACUGAUGAUUUAUAUAUUGAUAAUUUAGAGGUUCAUUUGCAUACACUUGUUUCCAAAUAAUACACAUUUACUAUUUUAGAAAAUGUGUUAUUUUAAAAAUUAUCACUUAAAGACCAAAUUUUGAGUUGAUUGCACUGUUUUCAGGCAUCAAAGGAUAAAGGGGUUAUGAAAAGAGUAUUUAUAUUGGACUAGUCAGAUGAGAGCUUAUUUUAUUUUAUUUUGAGUUUUAAUGCAUUAUUUCUUUUACUGAGAACAGCUUUCCUUGGCUUUAUACAAAUUGUUAUUUUCAUACAUUUUAAGUUAUAUUUUAUUAGUGUAGGCUCUCAGGAAAGACUAGGUAUAAACUGGGCCUUGAAGGUAGGAAGAAGGGGUGGAUUGUCUGCCUAGGCGUUGGGCUCGGACGGCAGCCGAGUGGAGGAAGUGUGGGCCUGGCUGGUCACAGGAAGCUUGUAUGGCCUGCAUGGAUGGUCAGCCUGCCCUGAGUGGACACCUUAGUGGUCCUGGGACCCAUCUCAGAGCAGAGAGCAGAGGCAGUGCCCCCAGGGACCCAUCCUUCAAGGUGGCCAUAUAAGGUAGUAGGAAUGACCACACUGACGAGGAGUUCCUAGCAAGGCUUUUCUGCAGGUAGCACAGGAGAACUCUGCCUGUGGCCAAGACUCUGUGGUCCAGAGGGAGCUCAUGAGGCUGGGUUUACACUGGCAAAGCAGAGAUUCAUUACAGGGAUUUGGACUUUUACAUCAUACUGUAUAAUGUGGAGAAAUUGUACAAACAUCUAUUUUUAUACUAUUGGGCUAAAAUAGACAGGAUUGUGAAAGUGUUGAUGGUAAGUUAAAACAAGUAGUUUUUGUGACUAAGAAGAAAAAAAUGCAUAUAUUCACAUGUUUCUACAUGAUUCAACAACUCUUUGGUCUAGCCCAGUGCUAUCCAGUAGAGCUUUCUGCAGUAAUGGGAAUGUUUUAUAUCUAUGCUGUCCAAUUUAGUAACCACCAGAUUCACGUGCUUCUUGAGCCCUUGGACAAGGUCUGGUGUAACUGAAGAACUAAAUUUUCAAUUACAUUUAAAUUUAAAUAGGCAAAGGUAGUUACCAUAUUGGACAGUACAGGUCUAGCCAAUUGAGUUUUUUGGAAGUUAAUCUGAGCUAGAAAUGAAGGGUAAUUUUUAUUUUCUUAUCCUAGAAUGGUUAAUAAUGAUACCCUAAUAUUGUCUUGAUAGGCUUAAUCAUAAUUCUAAAUAUUUAUCCUCAACAGACAUAAAACAGAAUAUUCUAAAGCUACAUGGUAAUGCUUCAGUAGAGCACUGCUUCAACUUAAAAACAAACUCUAAGAAGUAGGUUAAGAGAUGAAAUGAGUAGGAAAAUGAGAAGUCACUUUAAUUGAGCCUCAAACAAUUUUCAUAUUUGCAUUUAAAAAUAUAAUUCAAAUUUAUUAGUCAUAAUAGUGAAUGAUCUUGGAAUUUUAUUUCAUGCCAGGUAUAUGUUAUUGUUAUUAUUUUUUUGUCUUUUUAGGGCAGCAUCCGCAGCAUAUGGAAGUUCCCAGGCUAGGGUUUGAAUCAGAGCUGCAGCUGUUGGCACAUGCCAUAGCCACAGCAACGCCAGAUCCAAGCGGCACCUGUGACCUAUACCACCGCUUGCAGCAGUGCUGGAUCCUUAAUCCAUUGAGCUGCAAUGGGAACUCCCCAAGAUAUGUUAUAUACAGCCAGAUGUAAAAAUACAUCUGAAAAGGGGGACAAUGGGACUUUCACAUAAAUUGACAGUCCAUAACUCGUGUAAAAUUUAUUUCAAUAAAAUCAGUUUUUUGUGCAAAAACCUUGUCUCAUUGUUACAUAAAAAUAACUUAAAAAGUACUAUAUUGACAUAUAAUUAUUUUAUAAUACUCCCAAACAAAUGUAUUGUUUAAAUAUGAGGCUUGUAGAAAUACUAUUUACUUUAGUCAUAUAAAUAUAAAAAUGUAGAAAUAUUCUAAAGUAGAUUAAGCAUCUUAGAGGAAAUAAUAGAAGUUUGAAAAUUUUACAUGAAUCAUAUGGACUGAUGCAUAAUUUGGAAGAGUAAUUUUUGUAGUAGAAUAUAGGAAUGAACAUUAAAGCAAUGUGAAUGAAGGAAUAAAAUGUAAUUCUUAGGGGAA